AUGACGACGGUUGAUAUAGGUCGUUACAAACGCCUCGUCCAGUAUUUCUGGGAUCCCGAGCCUACAAACAAUAUCGCAUCGAAAUCACCUAUUUGGUGUUUAGGUGAAGAAUAUCUUGUUUCAGACAAGUCAUCCCCUUCAGCUGUUACAGAAUCUCCUCCCAAGGAAGGAGGAUAUCUACUCGCACAAUCUUUAUCCACCACAGAAACCACAACUCCACCAGACAGUACCGUUGGCAGCCUCGAAUCAAGCUCAGAAUACGAUAAUUGCGAUACAGCUAGCACAGAUGGAGGAUGGCCAACAGCAUUUCUUGACGAUUUCGAAGCCAAGAUAUGGCUCACAUAUCGAUCCAACUUUCCAGCGAUAGCUAAGUCGCAAGACCCGAAAGCCCUCUCUGCAAUGUCGCUAUCAGUACGCUUGAGAAGUCAGCUUGUUGAUCAAGGAGGGUUUACUUCUGAUACGGGGUGGGGUUGCUCAUCUAGUAAUGAAGAACGCAAGAUUUUAUCCCUAUUCGCCGAUGAUCCCAGAGCUCCGUACUCAAUUCACAAAUUCGUUGAGCAUGGUGCAAGUGCUUGUGGGAAGCACCCCGGAGAGUGGUUUGGACCAUCUGCCGCUGCUCGCUGUAUACAGGCGUUGACCAACAGCCAAGUUGAAUCAGAGCUACGCGUGUAUAUCACAGGCGACGGAUCGGACGUGUACGAAGACACCUUCAUGAGUAUUGCAAAGCCAAACAGCACGAAGUUCACGCCGACUCUCAUUUUAGUUGGUACGAGGCUGGGUCUUGACAAGAUAACUCCCGUCUACUGGGAGGCGCUGAAAUCCUCCUUACAGAUGCCUCAGUCUGUGGGAAUCGCUGGAGGCCGCCCGUCCUCCUCGCACUACUUCAUUGGUGUACAGGAGUCAGAUUUCUUUUAUCUAGAUCCCCACCAAACUCGACCAGCACUACCAUUUAAUGAUAAUGUAGAAGACUACACUCCCGAGGAUAUUGACUCAUGCCAUACACGCCGACUUCGACGACUUCACAUAAAGGAGAUGGACCCUAGUAUGCUUAUUGCAUUCUUGAUACGCGAUGAGAACGACUGGAAAGACUGGCGACGGGCCGUUAGAGAGGUACAGGGUAAGGGAGUUAUUCAUGUUGCAGAUAGGGAUCCGGCAUUGCAUGGUCUUGGCGCAGAGCGUGACGGCGCCAUUGACGAGGUUGAGACAUUCGACGACGACGAUGAUGAUACCGUAUUAAAUGGUUAA